CAGAACACGACAAAGGUACCUGCGCAGGUGGCUAUUAGGCAGCCAGAAUUUCCACUCUCGAAGCAGCUUUGGCCCCGCAGAAAACUGUCCUGCUACCUAUUUACAGACCCUUGGCACUGCCACUCGCCGUCAGCUGCACCCGAACCAACGAUCCACCCCUCGAGCCGCACCGACCGUUCUCCUGACUCUCCUGGACAUCAACCUCCCUGCACACAGCGCCAACUCUAUCGAGAAACUUUGCGGCACUCUCCGGUCUCAUUUCGCGCAUAAUUUCCCACCAUAGCCAUGGCGAACGACGAGUACGAUUUCCUAUUCAAAGUGGUCCUCAUUGGAGACUCAGGCGUCGGCAAGUCCAACCUGCUCAGCCGGUUCACGCGCAACGAGUUCAACCUUGACUCCAAGUCGACCAUCGGCGUCGAGUUCGCCACGAGGUCGAUCCAGAUCGACAACAAGACCAUCAAGGCGCAGAUUUGGGACACGGCGGGCCAGGAACGGUAUCGCGCCAUUACCUCUGCCUACUACCGGGGCGCUGUCGGCGCGCUGCUCGUCUACGACAUCAGCAAGAGCCUCUCCUUUGAGAACGUGACCCGGUGGCUGAAGGAGCUGCGGGACCACGCGGACAGCAACAUCGUCAUCAUGCUCGUGGGCAACAAGACCGAUCAGCGGCACCUGAGAGCCGUGCCCACCGAAGACGGCAAGAACUUUGCGAGCGAGAACGGCCUCUCGUUUAUCGAGACAUCGGCGCUCGAGGCUACCAACGUUGACCUCGCCUUCCAAAACAUCCUGACCUCCAUCUACCAGAUCGUGUCGAGCAAGAGCCUGGCGGAGGAAGGGGCGGACGUCGGCAAGAAGUUCGACCCAAGGGAAGGCAACAACAUCACGCUCAGCCAGGAGGGGAGGAAGGAGGAGUCGAAGACCUGCUGUUAAGAGCGGGGUUGGGUGGCACGAUUACAUGGCGUCACUUUAUGUCUGA